CUACUGGCGAAAACGUUGCCGACGAGGGGACUCGCUUAAGCGUAACGUGCGACUUCAGCCCUUCUUCCCGAUGGUACGCAGGUCCGAAAUUUCUUACUCAGGAGGAACACAUGUGGCCGAGAAAUCCUGUCGUUGACACGUGCGAGGAUGAGGAAGAGCUUCGCUCCCGACUGGUAUUGGUUACCAAUAAGCCGAAUCUGAUGGACUUCUCCAGAUUCUCCUCAUUUACCAAGCUGAAGAGAGUCGUUGCCUGGGUGAUGCGAUUCGUGAGCCGGUGCAGGGAAGGGCCAGGGAAUACAACGCUUUCAGCGGAAUAUGGUCUUUCAGUGGACGAGCUGAACGCAGCUGAACACUUUGUGUGCCGACAAGCUCAACAGAGCCAAUUCGCCAAUGAACUCCAAAUCCUUCAUAAAGGGGCUUCGCUUCCAAGAAACAGCGAGUUGUAUUCACUCUCUGCUUAUGUCGACGAAAAUGGUAUACUUCGCGUCCGUGGACGACUAGACUCCGGAAGCUGGAUACCCUACGAGAUGAAACGUCCAAUAAUACUUCCAAGUAGCCACGCGUGUACUAAGCUUAUGGUCGCCGAUGUCCACGACAAGAUGAUGCACCAAAAUAGCGAGGCAACGAUUUGUCAGAUACGGCAGAAGUUCUGGAUUCCUCGUCUGCGAAGACUUCUCCGAAGCGUAAUUUCGAGGUGCAACGUGUGCAAAAUUAAGAACGCUAAGCCUGUGCAGCCAAUGAUGGGACCGCUGCCGAAGGACCGCCUCACGCCAUAUAAUAGACCAUUUACCUUUACAGGAAUGGAUUACUUUGGACCAGUAAGCGUGACUAUUGGGCGCCGAGUAGAAAAGCGAUGGGUAGCACUCUUUACAUGCCUUACGGUACGUGCUAUCCAUUUGGAGGUUGCAUACGACUUGUCCACGGACGCCUGUAUUUUGGCGAUGCGCAAUUUCAUGAACCGUAGAGGAGUCCCACGGAGAAUACGAUCGGACAACGGCAAGAACUUUAUUGGAGUGGAUAACGAUAUGAGGCGCUUCUCAGACGUUUUUGAUUGUCAGGUGGUUCACACAGAGUUGACAUCAAAGGGCGUGGAGUGGCUAUUCAACUGUCCAGCUAAUCCAUCUGAGGGAGGCGUCUGGGAGCGAAUGGUCCAGUGCGUUAAGCGCGUGCUGAGACACACCAUGAAGGAAGUCGCUCCGAGAGAAUUUACGUUGCAAAGUCUUAUGAUAGAAGCGGAGAACAUAGUUAACUCCCGCCCCCUGACACACCUGCCAAUAUCGCCGGAUCAAGAGGAGCCAUUGACUCCGAAUCAUUUCCUGCUUGGGAGCGCCAACACUGCCCAGACCGGUCACAUCGAUGAACAGCCUGUUAACCUGUGUGCUAUACGGAAACAGUGGCGCAUCGCCAGAGAGCUUCGGAAGAGAUUCUGGAAAAGAUGGGUGGCCGAGUAUCUUCCAACGCUAACCCGCCGAGUUAAGUGGUGUCAUCCUAUGAGAAGUCUGAAAGAGGGAGACUUGGUGUUUAUUUGUGACCCAACCGUAUCCAGGAAAGAUUGGCGCCGAGGUUUGGUAGAGAAGGUGUUCACCGGUUCAGAUGGCGAGGUGAGACGUGCGAAUGUGCGUACGGCCACCGGGCUAACACAAAGGCCUACAUCCAGGCUAGCCAUUCUUGAUGUCUCCAGUGGUGAAUCGUGACGGAUUCACGGGGGUGGGAAUGUUGUGAAACAGGGCCCUUUCAUUAUUCGUGCAACUUUGUUUGCAAUAUAGCAUAUGGCAACUCCGUAGUUUCUUCUUGGCUUGGGUUGACGGUUGACAGCACUGAUUUCAAACUAAAAAGAUAUUCAACCCGAGCAGAAGUGGAAACUGCGAAAUAAACAAGAUACAACAUUGUACGUUCUAUUUCAUUCAUUUCUGCGAGGGCCAGCAACA